AUGGCAGAUGCUUGUCUCGUAGAACUGGCCAAGAAGGCAAAGCUCUUUGAGGAGACGGGUAUGAUUCCUAUCAUGGACUACGCCGCCUAUGUGAUAAAGUUAGACACUCUCAUCACCCAAACCCUGCAGGACGAACUCAAGGCUGCCGUUGAAUCAUUGGAGAACUUGCAAAGGUCCCAGAACAACUGGCAGCCAGAUACCGAUGAAAAGGUUCUCAACGUGGUGGAUCCAUCGAUCUGGUCGUUGGUACAUGGGACGUCUAAAAUCUUGCCCGACCAACAUGUACCGCUUGGCGGCUGCAUCGACUUCUGUGGCAUGGGAGAGGUCAUUCCUCAGCCGCCUAAACCAAUGUUGAACCGCCGUACAGCGAUGCUGCUCCCGUUGAGGAUGAAAGCGUUUGGGACACGUUCUCAGUGGCUUCCUUGCAAUAUCGAUCUGACAGGCGAGAAACCUCGCAUUGACAGCUACAUCAACAAUCUGCAUCCUGUACGAGAUGCACCACUCUAUUUAAUCAUAGAGAGGCUGAUCGAAAAGUCCCUUCAGGCAUGGGGUAUCGCCUUCCGCUCGACUGACGAAGCCUUCGAGGUUUCCCGGUUUCAGCGCAUCAAGGCCGUCAAAUAUCGUUGCAGUGUACCAGAAGUGUGCCGGUAUACGUGCGAGCCGAACAACAGACCAGGUGGACCACAGGACGACGAUUCUGAUUACACAGAGGAAAGCCAGAGGCUGGAUCAAGAAUGGUGGGAGGCAACACACGAACUUUUGCUUCCAGAACCCAGCCUUGAUGAGGACCAUUUGGUCAAACUACAGGCCAGCCAUGUCCGCGAUAAGGGCUUCUUCAAGAGAGACGUCCAGGCACCCAGUCCAAGAGCUAUGGUGGGAAUCGAGGUAUCUCAAACCCAAGCCAUCGUCAAGAUGGCCAAUAUCCAUCUAACACCAGAGAAACCAACCUACGAAGGGAGCCCAUGGCAGAUUGAAGGUCAAGCCAUCGAGAGGAUUUGUGCCACAGCUUUGUUCUGCUACGAUUGCGAUAACAUUGCAGAUACUCCUAUUAGCUUUCGCACCCAGGGAGAUAGGGAGAACCUGGGUGACAAGCUGCACUACAUCUAUGGUGACUGGCUUAGCCUCGAAAGGGUCUUCGCCAUGAAAAUCCGUGGGAAUAGGUUGCAGGAAAUUGGCAGCGUACUAAGUAGAGAGAGACGAGCCAUUUUUCAUUCCAACGUCUACCAGAACCGUCUGGGCCCCCUUGAGCUGACUGACAAGACUCGUCCAGGCCACUGCAAGAUGCUGGCUUUGUUUCUUGUCGACCUGAUGAACCCCAUCAUUUCAACAGCCAACAUCCCUCCACAACAGCGAGACUGGUGGUCGGAAAAGUUCGCAGAUUUGCCGUUGGUCAGAAAUCUGCCACCUGAACUUUGGCAUCAGAUCAAUGAGAAUAUCGACUUUCCAAUCGACAAAGAGACUGCCAAAAAGACCCGCGAGGAGGUGACAUCUGAAAGGUCGGCAAUCAAUAAGGAGAUAAACGAGAAAUGGAGGACCUUAGAUUGGGGCUUUCCCCAGCAUUGA